CCUCAAAUCCAGUGUUCUACUAUGCUUGAAGUCAAUAAUGUCCCCCACUCUGACAUAUUGCAUUUAUCCUAUUAUAUUGGCGUAAUGCAAUGUUGCCCGAACUCCUAAACACGGCGACCACAAUGGAGGUCGAGUUUGCAUCAAGCCAUUGUCACACACUUGUACAGAUAAUUAUGCAAAUCCAAGUACAUUUCAAGAUUGUCUUACCUCAAGCGUUACAUGCUUCGUGCAUUAACGACUAAUAAGAGUGAGGAUGACGCAGGCUCAGACAAGACCGCGGUGACAAGUGAACGUAGCUAAAAGUGAUAGGUGAUGUCCGAGCGCCCCUGAUGUUAAUUCCGAGUCAACCGUUAUCUCAUCUCAAAGCUUCUCACAAUGAUGGCUAUGACGGCCGACUCCUAUUCCUAUGUCUCAGGAAAUAUGCCGGAAAUCAUGCCUUGUGACCCCUUGAUCAUACGAUCUUGUGAUAUGUUCUCAGUGGCUGUAAUUUUUGAGCGCGAGACAGUGUCAUUUAAUAUACUCUCAAGGUCAAGUCCUUCUGAUCCGGCAAACGAGUACAGUUCAUCACUGGCUCUGCGAUAAAUACACUGGCGCCAAUUCAGCUAUAAAAUGCGACACGUUGGACUGGUCCUUUACUCUAUCACUCCUCCCCACACUUCCACCUGAAACCAAGCUUACGAUGGAUGUUUCAUCACUAGCGGUGCUAUGUAUCACUAACGCUACCAAAUUCUUCGACGCUAUUCAACCCAUGAGUGGCAGCAUAAACAUAAAAAUUCUUCUCCUCAAUUAUUCCUCACCACUCUAUUAUUUUUCUGGAAACGUUCCAAGAAAUGCGGAUAUAUUGAUUGGUUUCGGUUAUGUGCUCAGCUUUGCUUUCUUUGGAGUCCUCGUCGUUCAGACCUUUAUUUAUCAAACAAGAUUUCCCAAUGAUAGGAUGGUGAUGAGGUAUUUUAUCUGGGCAGUCUUACUUUUAGAAGCAUUGAGCUGCGUGUUUACUCUUAUUGCAUUUGGAAAAGGGCUGUCUCUUGCGUGUCUUGCAUGUGCCGUCAAUCCGACACAGUGGCCGCUGUAUAUGGGUUUCUCCUGUAUACUUCCCCCCGGUAUUGUAGGGGAGGGGCCACCUGCCUGGUCCUUCCUGGUCCUUUCAAUUCUCACAGGGCUGAUCUCAUCUAUGGUACAUGGCUUCUUUUGCUGGAGACUUUGGGUCAUCAAUAAGUCGCUAAUUGUACCUUGUGUGGUCAUGAUGAUAUCCUUGCUUCAAUGUAUAAUAGUGAUAUAUGAUGCCACUGGCAAUAUUACAGCACAAAAGGAAUAUUCCGCCAACCCACAAGCAAUCUCUUUGGGUGGAGAUUCAGCUGCCUGGAGCGACUAUUUGUGGCUAGGUAGCAGUUUUGUGUGCGACAUAAUAAUCACUGUGCAAACAACCCGUCUUCUUUUCAAAUUAAAAUCCGCUUCAGGAAUAAAGAACACAAAAUCACUUCUGUCCAAGCUUAUUAAAUUGACGUUUGAAACCGGAAUGGUCACCAGUGUAGCCACACUGGUAGAGUUGAUAAUGGCGGUAACACUACCCCAAUAUUACCACUUGCUAAUAUUUUAUUCGCUUUCCAAAUUAUAUGCCAACUGUAUGAUGGCCACCCUGAACACUCGACUGGUGUUACACGGUGACGACAAGACUGAUCAAGUUGCAACAGCACUCUUUGUGCCUCCACACAUAGAUCGAACCGCCACUUCAUCACUACACUUUCGAUCGGAAGGACAACAGUGCCGCAGUCGGACAACCACCUAUAACCCAAGCUCAGAAUAUGAGCUGGUCCCUUUCCCAGAGAACGAGGGUAUAGGAUUUGUUUACCACGAAAACCAGUCCGAAGAUGCAAGCACGGCCUUUCAGGCAUCUGAAGUCAUAAUAAUCAAACCACCCCCGAUCCUGUCUCAAAGUUCGACGGAAGAUUGAGUGGCAAGGUUGACAUAUCUUUUUCAUCCUAAAGUUUAAGGUCCUGCUAGAAGUAG